AUGCGUGGACUUGAGGAGCUUGCAUUAGCUGGUGCUGUUGGUCUUGGUGCAUAUGAAUUAUAUCAUCAUCAUCAAUAUGGCAAUUUUGGCUUUGGAAAUCCUUACAACAACAAUAACAACAACAGUUUUGGAUAUGGCGAUCCAUAUGGAUACGGUUCUCAAUACGGAGGACCCCAAUAUGGAUAUGGUCAAACAGGAUACGGACAACCACAACAUCAUCAUCAUCAUCAUCAUCACAUGUUUUAA